AUGGCUUCCGCGCGUAAGGGCGUGGCCGGUGACGAGUCGUCGGACCUCGCAAACCCUUCGACGUCGUCCCUCUCGUCUUCCUCCUAUUCGUCUCCCUCUUCUUCAUCGUCCUCUUUUUCUUCCUUUUCUGCCGGGGGUUUGACGAGCUUGACAAGUUUGAGUGGAAGCAACGUGACGCAUCGGCUUGCGGACGUCGGUCGGUCGAUUUUUGCGAGUUUCACGUCCGCGCCAGUCGACUCUUCUUUCCUCGCAAAGGGCACGCUCACGCCGCAGGAGUUCGUCAACGCCGGCGACCUCCUCACUCACAAAUUCCCGACGUGGCAAUGGCAAGGCUGUGGCAAGGCUGGAAAGCGGCCGUCGAGUUGGCUUCCAGCCGACAAGCAGUUCCUCAUCACGCGUAGCGUUCCCUGCUACCGGCGCGUCAGAGACAUGGACAACGCACUCAACUCCAGAGUGGGACACGACGCGGAGGGUGGAUGGAUGCUGCCGCUGCUGGGCGACGAGGAAGCGGAGGGACGCGACGGCGACGGCGGCGAUGCGCCAGACUUGGCACAGAGCAUGCAGAGUCUCCGAAUCAAACCCGCCGGCGGCGAGAAGGAAGCCGCAGGGCACAGCGGAGACGCGCCGUCUGCCCACACGCGAUCCACGCAGCCGGGGAAACCCAACGAUGACGUGCCCGACUUGAUGAGCUUCGCGGACAUCGACGACCUGGUUCAGGAGGAACAUGACCCAGCGGCAGCAGACUCUCCUUCGUAUUUUGUGCGCAACGCGCCAGACGCAGAGAUCGUCGCGGCGAGGACGUAUGACUUGAGCAUCACGUAUGACAAGUACUUCCAGACGCCUCGCAUUUGGUUGUUUGGCUACAGCGAGAACGGUGUUCCAUUGACUCCCGAAGAGAUUUUCGAAGAUAUUCUCACCGACUACGCGGCGAAAACCGUCACAGUCGACCCGCAUCCGUGCACCGGCAUCCCCACCGCGUCCAUCCACCCCUGCAGGCACGCGAGCGUCAUGAAGAAAGUGGCGGAUAGUUGGGUGGAGCGCGGCAUGAAGCCGCGACACGAUCUCGCGCUCCUGGUUCUGCUGAAAUUCAUUUCCAGCGUGAUUCCGACGAUUGAGUACGACUUCACCAUGGAUAUCGACAUGUUCAUUCCGCACACAGGGAAGGAGAAGGUUGCCAAGUGA